AUGAAUAUUGAUUCCAGCUUAUCACCAACAAAUAAAGAUUCCACACAUAUGAAUACAUCUUCAAAUUUGAAUAUGAUGCAAACAGCUAUAUCUCAUCAUGAACAAUAUCAAUCAAUCAAUGAUGAUCUUUUUCCAACAUCAAAUGAUGCUUCAUCAUCAGUUAAUAAUAUGAUAUCAUCAAUAACAUUUUCUAAGUCAAUUACAAAUUCAAUGCUUGAUUAUAAAUAUCCAUGGAUGAGACCAGAAUUUAAUUUUGAACAUAAACGUAGUCGAACAGCUUUUACAAGUCAUCAACUACUUGAAUUAGAAAAAGAAUUUCAUUGUAACAAAUAUUUAACAUGUUUGCGACGAAGUGAAAUGGCUCGUACUCUUCUAUUAACUGAACGACAAAUUAAAAUUUGGUUUCAAUCUCGUCGAUUGAAAUGGAAAAAUGACAUGUUUAAAUCACGUAAUCAUCCACAACAUGUGGAACUUGAAGCAAAUGCAACAAAUCAUAGUCGAAAUCAUCAUUCAUAUGCUGCAUGA